AUAAAUAUGGAGUAAUUUUUUUAUCUGUCGCCUGUCUUUCUCUUCUCUGUCAUUCUCGCUCUCGCCGACUUCCGUCCUCCAGUCGCCACCACCGUCCACGGCCUCCGAUCUCUGCGGCUCUUUGCCUCCCCCACCGCCGCAGCCUGCGCUGUUUAACCGUUGCAUGCCCGCCUCCUCCAGACCCCGCCUGCCAGCCGGCCGCCCCAGACCCCUGGCUCCAGUAGAGCCCUGUCAUAUAUGCUUCCAAUGUCAAGCGGAAAUUUCUAUUUUGAUGACUCGAGAACUGAACCUUAGGUCGUUGAUCCACCCAAAAGUUGGACGUUGGUGAAAAUGUCAAGACCUUUCAAGAAGUGCCUUUGAAUGUAAUUUAGCCAUCUCAACUAAAGUUUGUAAGCAGCUGGAAUAUCCAGCUUGUUUGACUGCUAUGUGCACUUCAAUUAGUCAGACAUGCUUGAGCAAAGGCAGGGGUUAUUAUUUCCCUCCAUGCCACAUUUUGGAUAUUUCUGGUGUUUGGGUUUUAUUUGAUUGCCCUCUGGACCUUUCAUCUCUAACAGUCUUUUCUCCUCUCCCUGUGAAUUCUCAUGAUAUAAACAAUGAUAAGUUCUCCUUUUCAAGCCAAAAGUUUGUGGGUGUGGAGUCCAAUGAAGAGAAGAGGGGGAACAGUUUAAUUUAUGCUGAGCCGCGCUAUAGAACUGUCAAGAACUUGCUUUCAUGGAAUAUUUCAUUCAUUGAUGUGGUUUUAAUAUCUAGUCCAAUGGGAAUGUUGGGUUUACCGUUUCUCACUAGGAAUACAGGUUUUUCGGCCAAGGUAUAUGCAACUGAGGCUGCCACUAGAAUUGGCCAACUAUUGAUGGAAGAUCUUGUCAAUAUGCAUAAGGAAUUUAGACAGUGUUAUGGACCUGAGUCUGAUGCUCCUAGGUGGAUGAAGUGGGACAAACUUGAAAUGCUACCUUUGGAAUUGAAGAAGACAAUUUUUGGUGCAGAUGGGACUGACUUUGGUUGUUGGAUGCCCUUAUACAGUGCAGCUGAUGUGAAGUCUUGCAUGCUGAAGGUCGAGUCUCUUAAGUAUGCUGAGGAAAUUUGCUACAAUGGCACACUGAUUGUAAAAGCAUUAGCUUCUGGAUUAGAAAUAGGCUCGUGUAAUUGGAGAAUCACUGGUCCUCGAGGAAGCAUUGUUUAUAUUUCAAGUUCUGUUUUCAGAUCUGCCACAGCAAUGAAUUUUGAUUACGAGGCCCUUCAGACCAGUGAUGUGGUUGUAUAUUCAGAUUUCUCUUCUCAGAAUGCUCUAGAGCAAGUUGUCAAUGAUGAGGGUUGCUCUGGCCUCACUAACUACGUCUCAGAUUCAAGUAGUGCUGAUGUUAAUUCAGAGUUCAGAUCUGCUCUCCUUAGCACUGAUGACUAUUCAGAGGAAAUAGAUAAAUUAGAUUUCAUAUGCUCCUGUUCCAUGGACUCUAUCAGAGCUGGGGGUUCGAUUCUAAUUCCUACUGGGCGUCUUGGGAUCAUUUUGCAGCUGUUGGAGCGCUUUGAACUUAACCUAACUUCAGAAAAUAUGAAGGUUCCCAUUUUCGUCAUUUCUUCUGUUGCAGAAGAGCUUAUGGCAUAUACAAGUAUCAUUCCAGAAUGGCUAUGCGAACAAUGGCAAGAUCGUCUCUACUCUGGACAACCCUUGUUCACUCAUAUGGAGAUGUUGAAAGAUGGAAGGCUUUACUUGUUUCCCGCCAUUCAUUCAGUUGAUCUAUUAAAAAUUUGGCAGGAACCUUGCAUUGUAUUUUGUCCUCACUGGAGUCUUCGACUUGGACCGGUCACCCACUUGCUGCGCCGAUGGCGUGGGGAUCAAAAUUCACUACUUGUCAUGGAGGAAGGAGUUGAUGCCAAUUUGGCUCUCUUACCUUUCAAGCCCAUUGCGAUGAAAGUCCUCCAAUGUUCCUUUCUUUCUGGAAUGCGGUUGCAGAAAUCUCUCCUUUUGCUGAAGAUAUUACAACCUAGACAUGUUCUGUUUCCUGAGAUAUUCAGGCGGCAUAUUGUCACUCUCGAGGCCUCAUUUUCAUCGAGCUUCUACCAAGAAAACGAAGAGCUGCACAUCCCCUACACAGACAGCAACUCACGAUUGUACAUCGACGUAGAUUUGGCCAGGCAGCUCAAGUAUACAAAAUUGGAAGAACAAAAUGUGGAUAUCUCAAGGCUGAAGGGAAAGCUCAUGGUAGAGCAAGCACGGUAUGAGCUGUGCGUUGAGGAACACAAACACCCCCAGACGAGGCCGGUGCUGCAUUUUGGGAAAAUUGAUUUAAAUUAUCUUGUGUUGGAACUGCAGAAGAUGGGUGUGGAUGCAACAGUAGAAGUGAAAGGUGAUAGUGGAUCUUACAAUGCUUCCGUGAUACGUGUGUCGAGGCCCAGCACGGCAGUUAUAGAGGUCACAGAAACACAGACAUUGAUCAACGCUGCAGAUGAAGAGGUAGCUUCGUUGAUUUCUCAAGCUGCGCGUAGCAUCUUGCACUGCGUUUGACCAAAGUAGCUCAGACACAUCGUUGGUUUCCCUUGUUAGUAGUGUCUGUUUGUAACAUUAAGUGAUAGAUUGAAAUGUUCUGUUAUGGUGUUUUAGUUGAUGAUAUAUUUCCAAGUAGGUUACUUUAUUAAAGAAAAAUUAAAAAUAAUUCAAACCUCGGUUACUGUUCUAAUUCAGGUGACCUUGUAUAUUUUGUGUAGGAGUGUGGUAUAAUUGAUUUGAGCAGAUCGGUUUGAGUAUAGUGAAGUUGGAGCUUAAUUUGUUUGUUA